UUUUAAAUUAAUUAAUAUAAAGGACAAUGAUGAUACUAUUAUGUUUAUUCAUCAUUUUCUAAUAAUAGGAGUAAAUUCCUUUUGCCCUUAGAGUACCUCUUCAGCCCAGGUCUUCCUGGGUGAGAGAGGCAUGUUCCUCCUGUUUGUAUGUUCUGAGAAAGUUCACUCCUCUCAUCAGAGCCUCCAAAGAUCUGAUUCCUCGAUCUUAUAGCUCCUUGUUCUCACCCAGAAUUGGUUGAAAAGAGUCCAGCAAAAUUUCUUCCCUGAAUUCUCCUUCCCGGGGCAAGGAGCUUUCUUUGCUUCUGCUUCAGCUCUAAUUUCUCAGAAUUGACCGUUAAGUGUUGUAACUUGCUCUUGCAAGCAUCAAUGAAUGAAUAUUUUUGUUCUUCAAGAGAACUUUUAUUUUUCUGUACUUCCAUAUAUUAUUUUUAA